UAAAGAUAAACAGCCGAAGAGCCUCUGAGCCAGAUGAACAUGGCGGCUCCGGUUCUGGACGCUCCUGCCGCUCCGUCCCGCUGACCGUCGCAGCACCGACGAAGUCCCGGCUCUCCAGCCGCCCAUGGCGCCUCAACUCCCAGAGAGGACAGACUAAUCUUCCAAAGUGGAUGCUUACCAGGAUGCUUUGUGGAAGAGGUGCUGAUAACUGCUGAAGAUGAGUAGUGGUGGGGGGGACACUCCUGAGCCCCCCAAAGGGGAAUCUGUGAAGAGGAAAGACUGUCAGUCAGACCUUCUGGGACCCAGCCCAAAGCGAAGUACCGAGAGGCGCAACAGGGAGCAGGAGAACAAAUACAUCGAGGAGCUGGCGGAGCUGAUCUUUGCCAACAUCAACGACAUAGACGACCUCAACGUCAAGCCCGACAAAUGUGCCAUCCUCAAAGAGACGGUGAAGCAGAUCAGGCAGAUCAAGGAGCAGGAAAAGACCCUGGUGGCUAAUGCAGAGGAGGUGCAGAAGGCAGAUGUCUCCUCCACAGGGCAGGCCGUCAUCGAUAAAGACACUCUCGGCCCGAUGAUGUUGGAGGCCCUGGACGGCUUCUUCUUUGUUGUGAACAUGGAGGGAAACAUUGUGUUUGUGUCGGAGAACGUCAGCCAGUAUUUGCACUACCAGCAGGAGGAGCUGAUGAACACCAGUGUCUACAGUGUGCUGCAUGUUGGAGACCAUGCAGAGUUCAUCAAGAACCUUUUACCUAAGAGUCUGGGUGAGAAAAUUGUUAAUCAUCGCAGCACCGACUCCUCCAACAGGAACAGUCACACAUUUAACUGUCGCAUGUUGGUCAACCCUCACGCCGACGGCGAAGCUCGCCAGGCCGUCGAUCAGCAGGACGCAGCGCAGCAGAAAUAUGAGACCAUGCAGUGUUUUGCCGUCUCUGAACCAAAGUCUAUCAAGGAAGAGGGGGAAGAUUUCCAGUCGUGUCUCAUCUGUGUGGCAAGAAGAGUUCCUGUCAAAGAGAGGCCUGUGAUGCCGGCAUAUGAGAGCUUCACAACACGACAGGAUCUUCAAGGUAAGAUCACCUCUCUGGACACCAGUGUUCUUCGGGCAUCUAUGAAACCGGGCUGGGAAGACCUGGUCCGGCGCUGCAUCCAGAAGUUCCACCUGCAGAGUGACGGGGAGAUUUCCUUUGCCAAGAAACACCAGCAAGAAGUAUUGAAGAACGGCCAUGCCCUCAGCCCAUUGUACAGAUUCUCCCUGGCAGACGGCACCAUAGUUUCUGCUCACACAAAGAGCAAACUGGUCCGCUCUCCAGGCACCAAUGAACCACAGCUCUAUAUGUCGCUACACAUCCUGCAGAGGGAAAACCUGGGAGGCAUGGCUGCAGACAUUCCCAGUGGUCAGGACUCAGGCAAGUCAAUGACCCCAACAAGUAUGAGCGGGUCCUUCCCCUCACCUGAUGCCAGUGUCACCAGCAACAGCCAUCACUCCACCGGAGCCUCCACCACCCCUGGACGUGGUUUUGGGUCUGUUCCAGGAAGGGCCAUCACGCCUCAGGGAAACGGCCAUGCUCUGAAGCUGGGCAGCCCUUCUGGCCAAGGAAGUCCAAGCGUCAGCUCAGGGGUCCAGAAUGCCAUGUUGUCUCCUCGUCAUCGGCAGAGUCCCAGCGCUGCCGCAAAUGGCAGCAACUGCAGUAGCCCUCAUCUUCUCCAACAUCCGCCUGGAUCUUUCUCUCCUGCACCCGGUUUGCACUCCCCUCCAUCCGUGUGCAGCACCACAGGAAACAACCAAAGUUUUAACUCCCUCAGUGCACUGCAGGCUCUCAGCCAGGGCGCCAGGAUUUCCCCAGGGCUCGCUGAUGGACAGCAUCCAGAGUCACCUGACAGAAAACCAGGUGCUCCUCAGAGUAAUCCUCACAGCAACAAACCUGGUAGCCAAAUUAGCAAGAGCAAUCUCAGCUUAGAGACUGACUUGUUUGGAACUUUUGAAGAGCAGGAGGAGUUUUUGUCAUCCCACACCCAUGAUGGUACACAGGCAGAUGGGAAAGAUGUUGAUCCUGACACCCUGGGAGGUAACGGAAACCUUGGCGAUCUUCCCGAUGCUGCAAACCACCGUCUGACCACCAAAGGCCACACCAAGUUGCUGCAGCUCCUCACCACUAAGUUAGAACCCUCUGAUCCUUCCUCACCACCAGGUCCCAUAGGAGAUGACCAGAACUGUAAGGACCAGAUGUGUGGGGGGCCCGGACAUAACAACCAAACCACCUCAUUAAAGGAAAAACACAAAAUUCUCCACAGGCUGCUGCAGAACAGCACCUCACCUGUGGAGCUGGCCAAGCUAACGGCGGAGGCUACGGGAAAAGAUCCUAUUGGUCCAGAGUCUGCCUCAGUAGACAGCAUGGCUGCUCUUAGUGAACUCUGCACCAAACAGGAGCCGGGGAGCCAGGGAAAGAAAGACAAUGCAUUGCUUCGCUACCUUCUGGAUAGGGAUGAUAAUGGCAUCCUCGACAAAGCCAUCAAAAUGGAACCAAGCGACGGACUCCAGCUGACCUGCGUUAAGACUGAGAAGCAGGAUGAAGGUUUUAAUUUGGCUGAACAGGCAUCUGAGCUGGAGGACCUGCUGGAGGACCUGCAAAACAGCAGCCAGCAGCAGCUGUUCCCCAGUCAGCCUCCAUCCUCUUCAUCCUCUUCAUCAGCCAUGCCAGCUGGCUCCUCUGUGGACAAACAGACCAUCAUCAGUGACAUCCUGCAGAUGAACGACACCAGCAGCAGCAGCAGCAGCUCCCCCAGCCAGCACAGAGCCUUCCCUCCCAUCGGAGCCGCAGCGAGCUUUAACAGUGUCAGGCCGGGCCAGGCCGGUCAGGGGGCUCCUCCAGGCAGGAGCAUGUCUCUGGACAGCAGCAUGGGCUCCAGCCCCACCAGGCCUUUCCCUCCGCAGCACAGAAACAAUGGGCCAUAUUCCUUGCAGCAGCAAGGUAUGAUGGGAACCCACACCAGCAUGAACCCGGCAGCAGUAACCAACACAGGCCUUCGAGGCUCCAUGCAGCAGGGCUGGGGUCCCCAUGCUCCAACAGGGGGCAGUGCAGGACCCAUGAUGGCCCAUGGAGUGGGUCGAAUGGUACCCAACAUCAAUUCUGCACUCCCCACAAGAAGCAGUGGUCCAAAUGUCUCCAGAGCUUUGGUCAGCAUGCAGAUGAUGGGCAACGAGUUGGACAUGGCAACUCCGCCCUACCACCAGCAGCAGGUUCCGCCCAAUCAGACGGCUCCAUGGCCAGACCGAAUGAUGAUGAUGGAUCACUAUGGAAACCACAGCAGGCCACCGUAUGGCAUCCCUCAGGAGGACGGGAUUAGUUGCUGUGGUUCUGGUUCUGAAGGACAGACGGAUGAAGGUGCUCUGCUGAACCAGCUGUGUUCGGUGCUGAAAGACUAUGAGGGUCUGGAGGAGAUAGAUAAGAUGCUGGGAAUACCCACUCUGGCUGGACAGGGUCCUCUUUCAGACCAGGACCAGUACUUGGGUCCGUCGGACUCUCCCUCCGGUCUGAAACCUCCCCUCUACAGUCAGCAGUAUGGAGGGCAGCCCAGUUAUGGCAGCAUGCCUCCUGAUGGCUUGUACCCUGCCCCAUCCAUGGGGGGCCACAUGGGCCCUCAAAGGAUGGCCCCGGCAGGCUACCCGCCCAUGAUGAGAAUGCCCGGCGGCCCAGGACCCCGGGCCCCUGGCAUGAGACCUGGUGGUCCCAAUCCAAUGGUACCGCCGCAGCCCAACAACCUGAGGCUGCAGCUCCAGCACAGACUCCAGGCCCAGCUGAACCGUCAGCCAGUGAUGAACCAGAUGGGCGGAGUUGGAAAUAUGAAUCUACCUCUGAGAUCUAAUGUAUCGACCCAGCAGGGACCUGUCAACGCCCACAUGCUGGCGCAGCGUCAGCGCGAGUACCUCAGCAACCACUUGCGUCAGCGGCAACAGCAGCAGCAGCAGCACCACGCGCAUCAGCAGCGUGCCAUGAUGAUGCGGACUCAGGGCAUCAACCUGCCGCCCAACAUGCCCAGCGGGGGCGCUGCUCCCGCGCCGAUGCCCCUGGGGGGUGCCAACCCCCGGGUGCCACAGGGCAGCAUGCAGCGGUUCCCCUACCCGGCCUCCGGUUACGGUACAGGACUGUCAUCUCCUCCUCCUCCUCAUCCCGGCUCCUCCAGCCCCUUCUCCUCCCCUCUCUCCCCGAGUCAUCUCCUGGCAAGCCAGGGCAUGAUGGGAAAUGUAGGCGGGCAAUACAGCGGCGUAAUGAGCCCACCAUCACAGCACAGUGCCUUCCAGUUCAGCAAUUCAGGAAUGAGUCAGCAGCAACACCAGGACCCAGCGUCAUGCUUUCCAUGUGGGGCUGGGACGCCGCAGAGCCCCCUGCUGUCCCCCAGGAUGGGACAGGGUCAGAGCCCCAUGCUGCAGCAGAACCAGGGCCAAACGCAAACCCAACCUCAGGCUCCGAACCAGGGCGGACCGCCAAGCUACCAGACGAGCGCCGACCUAAACGGGUGGUCGCAGCCUGCAAACAUUUGCACCAGCAACAGUGUGUACCCCCAGCAGUCCCAGUCUCAGUACUCGACACAAUCCAGUGGAAUGUACAGCAGCAGCAACAUGAAUUCGGUGGCAGGACAAAUGGGUUCUAUGAACGAACAGGUGGGCGACAGCAGCCUGAUGCUGGAACAGUUUGGAGGAAUCGAUAUGUUGACCCAAGAGAGCAAUGUCAAUUCUACUUUUUGCUGACCACGGCCUCAGUGAAAAGUGUGAAGAUUUUAAAGGAAAUACUUACAAUCAUCUCAGAGGACAAAACACAAAAUGUAAAAACUUCUGGACUUCUCUCAGACUGGCCUCGUUCCAGUUUUUCAUUAAAUCAAACACAGUUUGAAAUACCAUGAAAACUGUCAUCUGAACCACUCUGGCAGCAAGCACAACUGUAGGACAGUCAUUACAACAGAAUAUGUUUCUGAUUCUGUCUUUAUUUUAGUCAUUAUCUCUGGGCUAAAAUAGUCCAAUUAGCUUCCAUUUUUUUCUGCAACAGUAUGGAGAGACUCCAUUUUAAUUUACUGAGCUGAACACACAACUAAACAGACAUCAGCUAACUUUAUGAAGAAGAAGGAUUUCACUGGCACUUAUUCAACCAAUAGGCGAAAUCAUCCAAUGGCCCUUUUGGGCUGAAUCAGCACAAAAAGGAGCUUUUUGUCUCCAAAAUGUGGUUUAUGGCAUCUUUUCAAAAAUAUAUGUACAUCUUCUUGCUGAAUAUUCUGGCUCCAUGAAUUGCUGCUGUAAAACCAGCACAUGCACUGUACAUACAAAAGCGUGUAGGCAGUCAGUUUAAUGACACACAGGGUGUAAGCCUCUAUAGACCAGCUGCUUACGGUGAGUGUUUGCUGUGAGGAGGUGGCACAGUUUUCCCAGGUUUGACCCCGGAGGUGAAAUGUUUGACUACUAUGUGUCUGUUAGUGUGUAAGCGUGUGAAACUCAAACUGUCACAAUUUCACUCAGUAGGGUUGUAUGAAAUUAAUCUUUUGAUUUUUUUGUUUGUUUUGUUUUUAACUCCUGGUUCUAUUUUAGAACCCGACUGAACAUAAAAGGAAAACUAUAUGAAAGAUUUUACAGUUAUUUAUCGUUUUAAAGAUGUUUUAGAUUAUUUGUAUGGAAGAAAAUCAAUUAUAUCUAAAAUCUUUUGAAAUGGUACUCGUUGAUGUUAAUUUUAAAAGUAAUAUAUAUUUGAACUGCUGUAGUACAUAGGACAUGUGUCCCCUAUUUAAUGACUUUUCAAAUAAAGGUGAAUGUGUAUAAAUAGUGUACAUAGAUCUUUAUCACCCCUUUUCCUUAAGUGGUAUCGUGAAGCAGCAAUUUGGACUUUCAUAAAUGAUCGAUAGAGAAUAGAAAUAUGCCAUAGGUUAAAUUAAGCACAUUGUCUCUUUUUAUUCAAACAAGCUUCCUGGUGGAUGUUUUAUUAUGAAGUUUGAAACAAACUAAAUCAAAAGCCUCAUUUGUUCUGUAAUGGGGAGUGCUAGUCUUUAGCUAAAUAGCACUGUUAAUAUGCUAAUCGUUAGCAUGUAGCGACAAAAAAUGUCACAACUUGCGUUUUAUUCUGACUGUUGUUGCAUUUUGACCAAAUUUGCCCGCGCAUACUGAUUAUUUUUUCUGUCAUUGUGACUUAAAUGCAUGUGCAACCAACAAAACUCCACACUUUUUUCAACAUUUGUGUUCAAGCACUCAGUGAGGAAUAGCUUUUACAUGUUGCUGUUAUUUUUGUUUUCUGCUCCAAUGCAGUGUAUCCUCCAUGUGGAAGAGAGUAAAGAGCACAGCUUUAGAUAAAUAACGCUCCAUCAUUGCUUUUCUAUGCAUUUUUCACACAGAUAAUCUCAAAUACGGAUGUUUUUUUUUUUUUUUUUACAUGUCAAAAUUCUGCAUUAUUAACUUUCACAUUGCAUCUAUUUCACAAAUACCUGUCACUACCAUGAUAGUCAUUGCUACUCAAAUAAUGGAACAAGUCAUUGAUAACAUUACUUAUCUCAUGUAAUACUAUGCAAAUGCUUUGUCUGUGCUGAUGAAGAUUCAUUAGCUUGCAGAUGUUGCAUGUUUGAAACUGAAAGUGAAACUGAUUGCCAUAUAUAGUUUGUCAUAAACUCAAUCUUUCAAACUUUUAAAGGAUAAAAAUGUUAAAUUAAAUCUUAAAUCUUUAGUGAUCAACUGCCACUGGAGGACCUGACAACAAUGUUAGCAAGGUAAUUACUAGCAUGUAGCAGUCAAACUAUGUUAUAUUUUUGCUUUAAUUUAAUUGUACUUGCAAUUAGAUCUGCUUUGCCCAUAGAAAGCAACAAAACUCCUCUGUAUUGUGACUUUUCUAGUUUAGAAUAAUCUAACUCUAAAAGCAAAUUUAAACGUUUUUGUAUUUUGUCUUUUUAACUUUUUGUUUAUACUUACUUUAGAUCAAUGAAGAUAAAUUGUUAAAGAUUCAGAGUUUUCAUAAGUUUUAGUUACUUAUUUUACUUUUCCCUCAUACUGUUUGACUAAAAGCCUUUACAAUUCACACUGAAAGUCAGGAACGUUUCAAGAAUAGCUUAGCUAGUUUCGGUGCUAUUCAUUAGGUGCUUUUUCAUCAUAAGCUUUUAAUUGUGAGGGAAACUGUUUAAACUCGACAUGUUUUUCUUGAAUUCCCUGCUUAACAUUCUGUAGCAUGAGGAAAACUGGGAAAUGAAAACUGGAACACUGUAAAGAAAGUCGGAAUUUAGUUUUGUCUCCCUGUUGGUACAAAAAUUAUUAUUUCUUUAUUCUUUAUUUUCAUAUGAUAACAUAAAAAACCUCAGAGAUUAAAUGUAGGCCAUAGAAAUGUUUUGAAUGUCUGAAACUCUCAGUGAGAUUACGGUGAAGAUGAAUAACUAGUGUACAUUUUUUCCAGAUGUCUUAUAUGAAGGUAAACUGUUUGUCUGGAUUCAAACGGAGACAAGAAUACAUAGUGGAUAAUUUUGUAUAUUUUUAUCAAUUGCAUACAACUGUAUUUUAUGUAAAUAUGCAUAGAGUAAUGCCUUAGCGUUUUGAUUUCUUUGUUUUGUUUGGUGUUUAGUUGUACAGUUUUAAAGAGUAUCUGGUGAUACCUUGGUGAUGCUCCAUUUGAUCCAGUUUAUAAGCAGGAAUAUUAGGUUUCCUCACAAAAAUGAGACUUUACAAGCUGUGAUGAACCUCUUUAGAUUUGUUAUGUUCGUAAAUCCAACCUUUUCUCAUCACUUUGUUUGCAUGUACUGAAAAACUCCCUGAUUAAUACAAGACUUUGGUUUUAAAGGAUAAUUUACUUCAUUAUUUUUUCCCUCCUUUAUAUGACUAUUUAAGCUAAAUAAACUACAACUUUGACCGCUUUAUCUCACUCUAGUUGGACCACUCCACAGAUAUCAUCUGGCUCAUAGACGCCAUUAAACUGCCGGGUCGAUUUUAUAUCCCGGUUGAUUUGCAGGAGAUUUAUUUAGUAAUGAAAAUACUAAAACAUCUGUAGAUUCACUUCAAGAAAAUCGAAUGAAAAUUCAAGCUGUUUCAAACUGCACAGAACUAACUCGUCAAAAAUGGGCUAUUUUUCUUUUUUUGAUUUGCAAAUGUUUACAUUAAAACUUUAACAGAAAUAAAUUUUGUUAGAUUUGAUUAAAAUGUUCCACUCCUUUAACGUAGUCUCAGGAUCAUGGUAUAUAUCACUAUCACCGGAGUAAAGCAAAUGAAGCAGAUUUCCAGUGUUUUUUUGUUUGUUUUUUUUUGUUAGGCACCACAAUGUGCUGCAAACUCCUUUUACCUGGGGCCACUGUAAGAUAUUAAAUACUGUAAAUCUAAAUCAUAAGUCAACUACAGAGUGUUGAGGUUCAAAUUUGGUAUUUUUAAAACUCUUAUUUGAAGUAUUGUCUCUGCUGUGAAGUUGAACUGAAACGUCUGAGCAGCUGCACAGUCCAGUUUAUUUAGUGAGAGGUUUUACCCAACAGUUGUUCACCAACGUUAUGCAAACUGUCGACUCUGAUGUUGCUUCUGCCAAUGCUGCUUGUUGAUUUAUGAUUGAUGCCACUGUAAAUAAACUAUUUUUAUUGA